AGUUAACCUGCCGCCGAGCGACUGGUUAAUCUUCUCCGCGCGCGGCCAGAGGCUUCAAAGCGCUGCCCACCGGGCUCCACUCAGCCAGUCGUCAGCGGAGCGGCGCGUCCGUGGCCCGUGGAGAUGAAAGUGUCGGCCGUGUCCAAGAAGCUGUGGUGCGUCCACAAGCAGCUGAUCCUGCUGCUGGCGCCGCUGCUCUUUCUGCCUUUGCUCUUCACUCUGCCGGAGAAGGAGGGGAAAUGCCUGUACGUGGUUCUGCUGAUGGCCGUGUUCUGGUGCACGGAGGCCCUCCCCCUCGCCGUCACCGCCAUGCUCCCAGUCUGCCUCUUCCCGACCCUCGGAAUUCUUCCGUCCAAAAAAGUUUGCCCUCAGUACUUCCUCGAAACCAACUUCCUCUUCCUCAGCGGCCUCAUCAUGGCGUCGUCCAUCGAGGAGUGGGGCCUGCAUCGCAGGAUAGCUCUGAAGGUUCUCACUAUAGUCGGAGUAAAACCAGCUUGGCUCAUACUGGGGAUGAUGGCAACCUCAUCCUUCCUGUCCAUGUGGCUCAGCAAUACGGCCACAACAGCCAUGAUGCUCCCCAUCGCUAACGCCAUCCUGGAGAGUCUGUUCGGAGACCUGGAGACCCUGAAGCAGAAAUGCAAGAGCACAGAGGACUUAGAGCACAUGGACACCAACGGUCAGUCUAAUAUAAAGCUGCAUUCACUUUCUUCAGUGCCUUCGGAGAAACAAAUACUGUCAAUAGAUGGGGUAGAUGGGAUGGAGCCGACGGAGAGGCCGACGGAGGAGAGCCGGGCCGAGUCGGAGUACCAGAUGAAGGUGUGGAAGGGAUUCCUGAUCUGCAUCCCGUACGCGGCCAGCAUCGGAGGGACGGCCACGCUGACCGGCACGGCUCCCAACCUCAUCCUGAUCGGACAGCUCAAAAGCUACUUUCCAGACUGUGACCUUAUCAAUUUUGGCUCUUGGUUUGCGUUUGCUUUCCCGCUUAUGCUUCUCUUCCUGUUUUUGGGAUGGAUAUGGAUUUCUUUUCUCUAUGGAGGAUUAAAUACACGCAUGUGUGUGAAGAAGGCCGACCAAAGGGCGGAGGCGGAGGCCAGAGCCAGGGCUCUAAUAGAGGAAGACUACAGAAAGCUCGGGCCCUUAAAUUUUGCGGAGGGAGCGAUCUCGUUCUUCUUCGUAUUGUUUGCCGUUCUCCUCUUUACGCGAGAUCCCAAGUUCGUCACCGGCUGGUCUGUGUUGUUCAAAAAAGGGUACGUCUCCGAUGCAGUCACCGGUGUCAUCAUUGUGUCCAUACUCUUCUUCUUCCCCUCACAGAAACCGUCUCUGAGCUGGUGGUUCAACCCCAAAGCUUCAAACACUCCUUACGUUCCUCUCCUGACAUGGAAGAAAGCGCAGGAGUCUGUUCCCUGGAACAUCAUCCUGUUGCUCGGAGGAGGCUUCGCUAUGGCUAAAGGCUGUGAGGAGUCCGGACUCGCCUCCUGGAUCGGAGGCCACCUCCAACCUUUGGCCGAGGUCCCGCCUGCUGCAGCUGCGGUGCUGAUCACUGCGUUUGUGGCCUGUUUCACCGAGUUCGCCAGCAACACCGCCACAAUCAUAAUAUUCUUGCCCGUCAUUGCUGAACUGGCCAUCCGUGUCUCAGUGAAUCCUCUGUACUUCAUGGUGCCUGCUACAGUGGGAUGUUCGUACGCCUUUAUGCUGCCGGUGUCGACCCCACCCAACUCCAUCGCCUUCGCAUCCGGUCACCUCAUGGUCAAAGACAUGGUGAAGACCGGCUUCGUCAUGAACGUCCUGGGCGUCCUCUCCGUCUCUCUGGCCAUGAACACGUGGGGCGUCGCCAUGUUCGACUUGAACACUUAUCCAGAGUGGGCCGCGCCCACAAACAGGUCUGCUGCUGUGCAUUUCGCCUCAGUCCAGUCGCUCAAUGCCACUCUCUGAUCCCGUCCCCCGUCUGUCUCAGGAUGGACAUUCAAAAACACCACGAGAUGCACAAGAAUUUAACACUAAACAGGGACUGUAGACUCUUUGUACAGUAGAUGUCUGCACUGUGUCACCACAUGUAGGACUUCAUCUUAUGAUGCUUUCAAACAGUAUACAUAGUUUACAGUGGCAAGAAAGGGUAGCUCCAGAGUUGCAGUAACUUGAAAUUGUCUUAAAAUAUCACUACACAGAAUCAAAUACAUGUUGAUACGAUUGUUUUACAAUUUUUUUUAUUUUGUCAAAAUUCAGUGCUCUACUGAAAUAUCGACAAAGCAAAAACACAAAAAUGGCAACAAAACCUAAUUAAUAAAAUGAUGCAGGAUAUGUGGGUUUAUGUGGGUUGGAGCUGCUUGGACUUGAGUGAAUGAGGAUUUGCAUAUAGCUGAAAAAGUUCCAGUUUGCGCUCAAGACGUUUAGGCAAUCAUUAGCGCACGCUGUCCUCCAGCGAGUGGCCUCCUCCUGAGGCUGAAGGAACCCAGAGACCAGUGGAGCUGGUUGGAUUCUCCGUUUGGCGUCCGUGGCACCACAGAAGAAGCUGCUUCCUACCUGAGGGUUUCAAAGGAGCACCUUAACACUCCACAGUGUGAGAAGCCUUCUAUCUGAGUGGAAACACUGGGAUUGGGAGCUGCUUCACAGAGCGGGACUGGAAGCAGAGAACAUGGUUGAUGCUACAGUGAAGGAGGUUCAUCCUGUUUCCACAUUUGUGCACUGUCAGUGUUUAGUCGUGUGUUAAAUUAAGUCAGGAGCCACUGUAUUUGUUUCGUAUUAUUUUCUUAAUCCCAGCGUGUUUUUCAUUAAAUCUCAUUUCACGACUGUGUAAUCUAGAAACCAGCGGCUGCGACUGUCUGUGCGCCUUUCUCGCCACUGUCCUCAUGGGACCUUUAGGCUCUCACGCGCCGACACGUCGUGCUGUGAACUGUGAACUGUUACACACUCCAGGUUUUCAGUAGAAAAACUAGUCACAAUAUUAACAACACAGCACCUGAAGGUUCUCCAGUCAGAUUAAGGAUGCAGCCUGAUGACAGAGAGAGAGAGUGCUGUGAAUAUUAAAUUACCUGUUUUUGUUUAAAAUCACAGAGAGAGUGUAAAUCAGUGUAAAUGUUUUUCAUGUCAUUUUGAUCAGAGUCAUUGAUUGUAGAGUUCAAAUUCUGUCAAAUUACAUGCACAUUUUGUAAAACGUUGAAAUAAACUGUUUGUAUCAUGA